GAAGGAUGAGGAGACGGACGUAAAGCGUGGGGGGAACGUACAAGUGACGGUACAGAGUUCAGAGCGCGCAGUUUGAAUGAAAGCAGCAGCCAUUGUACGUGUGUGAGCUGGAAAUGGGCGACAGGAUGAAGCAGCAGCAGCCCGAGCACCACAGUCUGGCCAAGCUCGCCGCCGUGCAACAUCUGCGCUCGUGUGGCAUCAAAAUCAAACACUGGAACAGCAAACAGCGAUCAGAGGCCAACAAGGCAAGUGCCCAGCUCCUGCUGCUCACUGGAAAAGUCUUUGGUACAUCCCUGCAUUCCUUACCCUAUCAGUACUUGCCAGAAUAUGGAAAUGUACCAGUCAUCUUAGUUAUUGCUUGCAAUUAUUUGGAGAAACAUAUAAGCACUGAAGGGCUUUUUAGGAAGUCUGGCUCCGUUGUCCGACAGAAACAGCUAAAGGCUAAACUAGAAAAUGGAGAAAAUUGUCUGUCUACUGCACUUCCCUGUGAUGUUGCUGGCAUCCUUAAGCAGUUCUUCAGAGAGCUACCUGAGCCUCUACUGCCUACGGAUCUCCAAGAUGCCUUUUAUAAAGCCCAGAGCUUAAGCACUGAUUCUGAAAGAAUAUCUGCAACAAUGCUUAUUACCUGCCUCAUACCAGAAAAAAAUGUCCACGUGUUGCGCUACUUUUUUAGCUUUUUGCAUGCUGUGGCUUUGAGAUGUGAUGCAAACAAGAUGAACAGCAGUAACUUGGCAGUGAUAUUUGCUCCUAAUCUCUUGCAAUCAAAUGAUGAUGGGGAGAAGAUUUCUCCAAGUACAGAGAAGAGGCUGCGUGUUCAGGCUGCAGUAGUGCAAAUGCUGAUUGAUCAGGCAGCAAAUAUUGGCUGUGUGCCUGAUUUCAUCUUGGAGAAAAUUCCAGGAAUGCUGGGCGUUGAUUUGGAUACUGAUACACCUUUGCCAGAGGCAUCUGAAGAUGAUGGAGUAUCUCCAGGAGAAAAGAAAAGGAGAAGACGUCGAAGUAUGGGUGUUUUGAGUUCAAUGGUGACGCCAUUAAUUCUAACUCCAAACUCCAAGAGAAAACUUCCCGUAGAGUCUGUGCAAGGAAUUUCUACUAAAAAAAGGAAAUCAAUGAAACAUAACCUGAAUUUCGAGUUAUUACCAAGCAGCUUAUUUGGCGGUGGAUCUACUCCUGCUUCAGCUCUGUAUGAUGGAAGCCCCUGCCUUUCCCUGGAUAAUUCGCAAAGUUCUUUUUCCCCUUCUGUCAGCACUACCAAGCACCUUUCCAGCACAGGCAACCUGAGGAGAAGCAAGAGAUAUGAGAGUAGAAAGGUUCAAAGAGUGGACUCUGGUAAAACCGGUUGCUUUUCUCCCAAGAUAAGUCGAACAGAGAUGGUACGCAGAUCACUUCGUCUAAGAUUCAGUUUGGGCAAAAGCAGCAAAGAUAGCUCAAGUGUGUUUCCAUCUACCGUCCGUUCCCAGAACAUUGGCUGGCGACUUGCAAACUCACAAGAUCUCAACCUAUUGCGUGAAAAUGAUAAAGUGGAUGCUCCGCCUUUCCCUGGCAAGAGCCCAUUUGUAAGUUCAGGUUCAACGAAAAUAAGUAAAUCAGAAGAGAAUCUGUUAACACCAAAAUCACCCAAGGGGUCAUGUCAUCGCAUGUCCUGGACAGGAUCUCAGCCUUUAGUGUCCAGUGAAAUAGGCAGCGAGGGAACUCCAUUGAGUGGUUAUUUCUGUGCUGCAAACUGCUACUCUGAGCCUGUUCUUGUAACUAAAAAGCCACCAGCAAUGCCUAUAGUUCCACAAUCUCUCGUUAACCAUUACAAGCAAGACACAAAUGUGAAAGACGUGUCUUUAAAUGAGGAAGACCAGAACAGUGCUCAGAACACAGCACUUCAAAUUUCAAAGGCUUUUACAGAGUCUGGCAGUGAUCUCCGCUUACUUGUUGGCUUUGGGGAACCUCCAGAAAAAGCGAUCUUACUAGAUGAAGCACCCAUUUCUGAACUGCUGAUGGAGCCAAUGGAACGAAAAGGCACUGAUAAAGAUGGAGACCUUUACAGUGAUGGUGAGCACGCCCAUGUUCCUGAACAGGAAAUAGUUUUAGUACAGAAUGAGUAUGCUGGUUCGGAAAGAAAAGCAUUUGAUAGUCCACCGAAACAUAUGGAUGAAAACGAUUUAACAGAAGAACAGCCUGAGCGUUUAUUCAUCACUGAGGAGGAAAAUACUGUAAAGCAGAAUGUCAGCGAAGACCAAUCGUGUGGAAAUGAUUGCAAACAAACUCUUGAAAUUUGCCGGUCCCGCAGCGAGUCUGCGUCCACCCUAACUGCUGAGAUGUCUUCGGUUUUGCCACCUUCAUCAUGUGAAAUCUUUCCGCUUUCAGAGCAGAACCUUAAAAUUGAGGGUUACUCUGAAACACAUCAUGCUGUCUCAACAACACGUAAACCCAGCCGGGUAUCUGAACACAUACAACACUUCAAUAAACUCUGUUUAAAUGACGGCAGUGUCAACCAGAAGCCAAAGUCACCUCUGAAAUUUCAGCGUCCACCAGUGCGUCAGUCUGUCCGUCGCAUAAAUUCGCUCUCUGAUAUGAAGAGACCAGCAAACUGUGUCAGUACAAUACCAAACCUGGGCUCCCCAAUCGUAAAAUCUAUAAGCUACGAUGGAUCUUUGUCUUCAGAUCAAUUAAUGAAUGAUCCCAAAAUUUCAUUUAUUUCUGCACUGGGUCAAGAAGCCCAUGGACCUCAAGCUGGUUCUUUUAUUCCUGAAGAGAGAAACCGGUUUUCCAACCAGUCUCUGAGGAAUGUGCCAUGUACCGUUAAGGCUGUGUUAGAAGAUCUAACCAAUCAGGAUAUUUCCAGACUGCAAAGCAAAAAGUCUACACCAAAUAACGUUGGCCUGCGAUCUCUGUCUAGAAGAGACUGCAGCCAUUACAGAGGCUCGCCUAGAAAUCCAAUCGCAAAAGUAAGCUUUCUGCCAUCUUCAAAGCCUUGGGACUUAUGAAGAGAUGCAAGCUUCAACUGAACUGCAGUCUUACCUCCCAACUUCCAACAUUUGAUGGAAAAGCUGAUUCAGUUUACAUGCACAAUACUAGCAAAGCCUUCUAGUCUUUAAACAAUGUUGUACUGUUAAAUUAUUGACCUCCUGCGGCCUUGAAGCACAUUGUACAUCUACGGUUUAUAACAGACACUGGCUGGAAAUGGAAGAGCCGGAGACGGGAUAAUGGUUCUUUUAUUUACUUUUAUAAAUUGACAAUUGAGUGUUUGCUACACAAUGGAGCAGAGCUGAAGAUCCUUUUACUGAAAUUUCCAGCACAUCUUGCUUUUUUUUCUGGUUUUUCUCUAGGUAACAAUUGUUAAUAUAUAACCAGACCAUCUGUCUGUUGCAGCAUCAGAUAAUUUGUACGACAUUUCUUUUUUCGCUUUUAUUUCUUUAACAUUAAACCAUUUUUAGACCCAUUUUAAUAAGUUUUAGCAUACAAUCAUAUAAUUGUCAAUUUUCUUUUAAUAUUCAGGUACAGCAUUCGCUCCAGAUAUUACUUGAAUAUAUUAACAUGCAGGGCAGAUUUCUGGAAAACAAAAACUGUUAGUUUAGGAAUGUUUUUAUCUUUUCAGGCUCAAUGUUACAAUGGUAAAAAAUGUUUUUAAAUGGCAUAAUUGUUUAGAAAAGAGCAGAUCCGUUAAGAAAUGUUUUCUGAAUAUCCUCUGCAUUCUGCUUUUUAUUAAUGGAGCCACAGAUGUUUACAUUUUGGGCACACGAUAAUUUCAUGUAUGCUGGUCCUAGUAUUCUAAUUGUAAAUUCAAUGUAUUUAAAAUAUGUAGUUAUGUACCGAUUCUGGGUAAUUGAGCUUGUACAAGUGUGUAUCCUGUCAUUGAGUAUUUAUUUUUAUGCUUGAUGUGCAACCCUAAAUCGCAGUUUUGUCAUUGUCUAAACUAUGUGAUUGCUUUAAUUACUCAUUUUGUGACUGAAUCCUGGUGUGGGUGCAUUUUGUGUAUUUGGAGACCAUGCCUUUGAAAGGUAAAUUGGUCACAGACUGGUAUGACACACGACUAUUUAUUUGCUUAAUUUAUGGGCUGUCGGCUUCAAGUAAAUGCAAACUUGUAAAUUCUAUCAGAUGGCCCUCAGGCACCAGCAUGGAGUAUGUACAUGGCUUCAUUCAAAAUAUUGACUAUAUGCCUGCUGGCUCUGUUAUUCUGAUCUGUAGAAUACAGCGAGUUGCAUGUCGAAGCUAUACCUAAUUUUUGUCAAACCAGUUGCAUCUGGUUAAAGAAAAAUACAGCUAUUUUAAAGGUGUUCACUUAUUUCCGUUGAACUACCAAAAAUAAAUAGGAAUGUAUAUUUAGUCUAAAUGUAAGAUAGUCGCAGCACGCUGCAACGCACAUAACACACUGAAUAGUUGUAUAGGUUUGAACUGGUCAGACUGUCCGAAUUUUCUUACAGUGAAUUAGGCCUAAUUUGAUAUAUGUAAAUCUUAAAGGGGCUUAAUUUAUAUUUAAAAUACUGUAGUCAUUUGUUAAAAAAAAAAAAAA